AUGAUCCAAUUCGCAAGUUACAUCGACAGGCAAAAGUCCGGCCCGGGAAGUUCUGAAAAGUCCCAAAAAGUACACUCGGCUAAUUGGAAAGAAGAAAUACAGCUUAAGAAAGAGAUGGAUUGUUUAAAUAAACAGGAACAGCAAAGAGUUGCCAAAAUAUCGUCCGAUCAAAGACUUGUUGUACAUCGAUUUCAACGUAAACUUUCCCUUAGCGUGGACAUUGCAAAGAAGCACGACGAGGUUAAAGAGAGUUUAGACAGUAAUCACAAACGCGCUCGGGAAUUACGGAAACUACAGAACGAAAACAAUGAUACCAACGGUGAAGAGAGAAUGUCUUUGAGGCAGCUGCGCUGUUUAAGUGCAAGCCCUAAGCCGCCGUUGCCGAAAUUUAGAAGGGCAAAAUCAUGCGAGCCACCUCGCCUAGACAGCGCUGCAUUAUAUGGCGAAGAGCCGCAAUGCUUUACAGAAAAACCCGAUCUACCGCCUCGACCGAUGACAGCUCUGGAAAAGCGAAACAAAAUGUGGGAGAGACAGCUUAAAACUGUAACUCAAAGACUGAACCGGGCAAGAAGCGCUCCAGCGAGAACGUCAUAUUAUAAAGUCCCAGAGUUUAGCGUAAUGCAGAGAAAUAACGCCCGAGAUUCCAAAAAUGCUGGUCAAAAACAACGUCGACAUACUUCUUUAGAGAUUGACCUGGAAUAUUUUCGUCGAAUGCGUGAAAAAGAGCUUUAUCUCCAGAGACAAGCUGUAAAGAAUUUUAUCAAAAGUAUCGAGCCUUUAGAAUUGGUUCAAUGGACGCCAGGUCACGAACCGACUGAAAAUAACAACGAGCGAGAACUUGACUCUGUUGUUAUGACGGCAGUUGUACUAAACAAACAGGACGUUGUGAACGGGAAUAGAUCAAAGACUCGUUCAGUAGGUUCUUAUAACACAAAAGAUGUAUCCAUUGUGGCAACAAAACGAGGAAACGGUGAAGAAAGAAGUACUAAUAUGAUUAACAAAAAGAAACUGUUCAAUGCCUGGAGUUGA